AUGAUCAUGCCUAAAACUCGGGGAAAGCUGAAACCUGGUGAUGAAAACUCACUGAGAGCAAAUUACUCUUAUUUGGCUGGAGAAAUUGAUGCCCAGUAUCUGGUUGCUGAAUUGUUUUCUCAAUUUGUAAUUGACGCAAAUGAUAAAGAAAAGAUUCAGAGUAAAGCAACUGCGAGGGAGAGAACUUUGGUGUUGUUGGAUGUUCUGCUAGAUUCAGGUCCUGGAGAGGCCUACAACAAAUUUGUGGAAGUUCUUACGAAAGAGUACCCAGAUGCUGCUGAAAAACUAAAAGAAGAAGCACCAUUUGAAGAAACUCUGCAACCACAAUAUUCCUGGUAUGAGGAAUUACCUGCUGAAAUUAAGAACUGCGUGAUAACAGAAGCUGAUGCAAGCAGGAUAUCAAACGCCAUUGGUGGAGGCUGGCGACAUGUGAUGGCACUGCUGGGCAUAAGAGAUGUUGAGAUACAACAGGAGUUGUUUAACCACCCACAUGCUGGUCCUGCGGAUUUUAUAACUACAUUCUUGAUUAAAUGGAGGCAGCGUCAGUUUAGACAGGCCACUGUUGAUAAAUUAGUGUCUGUGCUGAAAGAAGUGGAUGAGGCUGGGACUUGUACUGUUGAUUGGGGAAAAGUUGAAAAGGCUUUAAAGAAAAAUUUACCUCAAGUUUAA